AUGCAGCAAGCUCCCCUACGGCUGUCCCAGACAUUAUGGUCCGCCUUUCGAGCCGCGAAGCCUGUCCACCGACCCCUCACAUUACCCCGUCAAUUCCCCUCGGUGGUGCGACCAAGUGCGCAGCCAUGGGCACCCCAGCGGCCAGGAAUAGCUGUUCGAGCUCGGUUUUAUAGCGAGAAAAAGUCGGAUAUCAAUCAAGAGAUAGAGGAUGCGAAAGAUCGAAUAGGCGAGAGCCUCGACUCAAGGGCCGAUGCGGCGGCACAGAUGCCACACAAGCUCAAGCAACCUCAAGACGAAACAAUUAUCCACACCAUUCCCGAGUCCUCUUCAAUAGUACAUGCCUCCAAACACGAGGAAAACAAAAGGCCCGAUAAACCAGAACCUGCCCAGUCCUCCGGCUCUCCCAGUAAACCUCUACCGUCUGCCCUCUCCUCGCGCUAUGCGGACCUUCAACAACGCUUUGGCCAUUUUAUGGACAACUUCCAAACCCAUGUUUUCACCGCCUCUCGCCGACUCAAUGAUCUGACAGGCUAUUCGGGGAUUGAAGCACUGAAGACCGACAUUGAACGCCAGGAAUCUGUGGUCCAGGAGUGUCGUGCCGCCGUGAAGGAAGCCCGGGACCGUUACAGCGAAGCAAUUGCUAAACGCAGUACCACGCAGCGUGAAGUCAAUGAUCUGCUGCACAGGAAGCAUACGUGGUCGCCUGCAGACUUGGAGAGAUUCACCAGCCUAUAUCGGUCAGAUCACGCCAACGAGCAAGCCGAAUCCGCCGCGCAGAAGGAAGUAAGCGACGCAGAAGCCAGGUAUGAGGAAGCAUCCACCAAGCUUGCGAAGGCGAUCCUAGCUCGGUAUCACGAAGAACAAAUCUGGAGUGACAAGAUCAGGCAGAUGUCUACGUGGGGCACAUGGGGAUUGAUGGGUCUCAACGUGUUGUUGUUCCUCAUUUUCCAGGUCGUCUUGGAACCAUGGCGACGGAAACGCUUGGUGAAGGGCUUCGAGGAGAAGGUGGAGAUGGCGCUCAAAGAAAGGGAAGAGGAGACCAAGAUGGCAAUAGUACAGCCGAACCAGAGUGUGACGGAAGCUGUGGCGGGCAUGACAACGGGCGAGAAAGUCGAGGCAGUGGCGGACAACAUUGCGGAACAGAUUGUCGACGCCGUCACGGGUUCAACAUCAGACGAGAAAGCUCCAACGCCACCUCCAUUAUCGAACAUCGAAGCAGCUGCGGAAACUCCAACAGCACGUGAACUCGAAGCUGAAGAGGCCGUGGCUGUGGACGCUCCCGAUUCUCUUCCGCCCGGCAUCCCUGCCGAGGAGAUCCCCUCUGCGCAGCCCGUCAACGGGCUCUCACGCUGGACAUCCCCGGACUCGCCUCUCGCUUGGUACGAGGACUCCCUGAGGGCGCUGUUCAGCGAAGACCACAAGAUCCUCGUCUCGCAGCGAGAUCUGACCACCGUCGCCAUGGAAGGGGUCGCUGGUGGCAUGGCCAUCAUGGGCCUCCUGUUUGUGCUCCUCCGGCCGCGGUAG